AAUUAUACGCACAAGGGACAUCAGCUGACCCUAAAAUCGCGGUCCCUAUCCAAGAUGGCGGCUAACACGUCACCUUCGCUUCCUCAGUUAUUUAGUGAAUUAGAUCGACUUGGCAAAGAAGGAAACUACUCUAAAGCCCAAAAAAUAGCGAACAAAAUUCUACAGGAGAGCCCAGCCGACGAAGAUGCCUUUCAUUGUAAAGUAGUUUGCCUCAUCCAGCAGUCAUACUUCCACGAGGCUUUGGACGUCAUUAACUCGGGAUCCAAAAAAGGAAUCAAAGUGCUUCCCUUUGAAAAGGCUUAUGCCUUGUAUCGGCUGAACAUGACGCAGGAGGCUAUCCAGACGUUACAGGCUCUGCCAGAUCCUGGUCCCAAAGAGAAGGAGCUUCUUGCACAAGCACUUUACAGACAGGAGAAAUAUGAGAAAUGUAUGGAUAUCUACAAGGAGCUAAUCAAGAAUUCUGUGGAUGACUAUGGAGAUGAGCGAGAGACUAACAUGUCUGCCGUUAUAGCCUCAUCUAAUCAGUGGGGCUCUGUGAAACUGGAAAAUGUUGGUCUGCGUGAGCACACAUAUGAGUUGAGCUACAAUGCAGCUUGCCUGGAGCUGGCUAACAACAACUUGGAAGGUGCCAUCAAAAAGCUGCAACAGGCUGAGGUGCUUUGCCGGAAAAGUCUAGAGGAAGACUCAGAUAUUACAGAGGAAGACAUUGAAGCUGAGCUUGGAGUUGCCAGGACUCAACUUGGCUACACUUACCAAAUCCAGGGCAAAAAUGAGGAUGCGAUGAAGCUUUAUAACCAAGUCUUAAAGAACAAACCAAGCGAUAUGUCUCUAACUGCUGUGGCAUCCAAUAAUGUCAUCACAUUGAACAAGGACCGAGAUGUGUUUGACUCCAAGAAGAAAGUCAAGGCAACAACCAUUGAUGGGCUUCAGUACAAACUAACCCAAGCACAGUUCCGUAACAUGGAGUUCAACCGCUGUCUUCUCUUUCUUUACUCUAAUCAGCUGGAAGCUUGUCGUUCUCUGAUUUCUAACUUGGAGGGCAAAUACCCCCAAAGUGAUUUUCCCUGUCUGAUGAAAGCCUCCCUCCUACACAGAGAGAAACAUUAUGAUAAGGCUAUUCACAUGCUCAAGGAGUAUGCUGAGAAACAUCCUGAAACUGCAACACAUGUGAAACUUACACUUGUUCAAAUGUGCCUCACACAAGGGAAUAUUGAGGAAGCCUGUAAAACUCUGCAUUCCAUCAAAGAAUUAUGCCACAAACCAGGAGUGGUAUCAGCACUUGUUACGCUUUACUCUCACCUCGGUAACAUUCCUGCCGCUAUAAAGUUAUUGGACUCUGCUGUGGAGUAUGCACAGGAAAACAAGGGCUUAUUCAAGCAGUCUGAAGUGUUAUCUCUAAUGCGUGAGAAUGUGGCUUACAAACUGCAGCAUGGACAUGCUAAGGAUGCUGUCGACAUGCUAGAGAAGCUGCACAAGCAAGAUUCGCACGAUAUGAAGACUCUUGCUCAACUAAUCACAGCAUACUCUCAAUUCAACCCUAAGGAGGCUGAAAAUAACCAAAGGUACAGUGAGCGGCUGCCCCCUCUAGAGGGAGACUCAGCGAUGGACGUGGAUGCCCUGGAGACUAGUCAGCUUACAUGUGGGCCUCGCUUUGGCCGGCAGAGGGGAAGACCCGACGAAGAUGGUGCAGUAGAACUGAAUACGGAUGUGAUCAUGAAGAGAAGAAAACGAAAAAGGAAGAAGGGCAAAUUACCCAAGAAUUGCAACACUGAGGUCGACCCGGAUCCGGAACGAUGGCUGCCAAAAAGAGAGCGAUCCUAUUACAAAGGCAAACGUCAGAAGAAAACCAAUGUCGGCAAAGGCACUCAGGGUACAGCGUCCGCGUCGUCGACAGGAACCGAAUCGCCUAAAACUCCAGCAAGUCCAAAAGCUGGGUUGUCCUCGCCGCCUGGGUCCCCGGGAGGAGGAGCCACCUCAGCCCCGUCCAAUGUGGUCCCUCCUCGGCAACAGCAGCCCGCAGCCGCUAAAAAGAAACAAAGACCAAAGGGCAAGAAAAAGGGAGGCUGGUAGACAACCUUAGACUCUGCCACCCGCCAUUUUGUUAGCCAAGCAAAAUACCGAAAAUAUAUCCAUUUCCACCGGCUGAUUUCAGAAAAAGGUAUUGCAGUAUUUUCGAUUGAAGUUGUUCGAUAACGUAUACAACUUUGUUUUAGAUGGUUAUUUUGGAAUUUCUUCAAAUAAUUUGUCUUCCAAUAUCGAUCGAAAAGGUGUGGCUGACCAGAGCUCCAGGACAGGUCAUUUAUUCCCCAUCCCAAAAAAGUUCAAUCUAUUCUAGAAAAUAUUCUUAGUUGGAGGUAAAAAUAUAGGAAUAACUCUAUAUGAAGAUAAGCCAAUGUAAUUCUAAAAAUAAUGAACAAAUAAAAAUGGAUUCGAGGCGA